UAUGCAUUCAAUGAAGGCUGCUCUAUGUUUAGCUAUUAUGGCGCCUAUGGCAUAUGCUGCCAAUCUUGCUGAUGUGAUCAAGAGCAAUCCACAAUUACAAAAAGUGGCUGCUCUGAUUUCUAGCAAUCCUACCUGGGCUACUGUUCCUAAUGGUACUUUGUUUGUGCCAUCAGAUGCUGCUCUAUCUGCUGCCACUCUUCCUGCUGGCUGGACUGGUAUUUCAUUCACUACAAGAACGAUUGAUCAUCGUGUGCGUCCCAACUAUCAAGUUGUUGACGAUGCCAGUGGCAAAUUUCAGUUCAUUUUUGACAACUAUACCCCUGGUGAUGCCAAUCCUGAAAUUCAUAUUCGGUUUGGUGUUGGCGAGACUCUUGCCCCUGGACAACUGCAAGCAGACAAUGGCUGGGUAUAUGUGAUGAAUGCACCCAUUCCUCAACCCUUACCCCCAACAAAGACCAUGCCCUUCCAAAACUGUAAUUUGUUUGCAAAGGCACUGCAAGAUGCUGGUCUUGCUGCCUACGUUGAUAGUCUGCCGACCUAUACCAUUCUGGCACCCAACGAUGCUGCAUGGACUGCUGCAUCUGCCAAGAUCUCUGCCUUGACUCUGGACCAACUCAAAGCCACCCUCAUGUAUCAUAUUUUACCCACUAGUAUGGUAUCCACUCUACUCAAUGCAGGUCAGAUCUCCACUGCAUUGAGCGGAAACACUGUUUCUCUUGUAGUUGGUGGCGAAUCUGCCACGUUCAAUCAGGCCAAACUUAUUCUUGCUGAUGUGUUUUCAGCCAAUGGAGUAAUGCACAUCGUGGAUGCGGUUUUGACUCCACCUAACAUGCCUACAGGACCUGUGCCAAUUCCAGGUGUUCCUACUCCAAUUGCAUCUAGUGCUAGCUCUGCCGCGACUGCAUCUGCUAAUGCACCUGCAUCCACAAACGCAAAUGGUAAAGCGCCUACUGCUGCCACGGGAUCAUCAACCAAUGGAGCAAUGAAGGUAGUUGGUGGACUCAUUGGAUCUGUCGUUGCUGGACUAGCUGCACUUGUAGUCAUCUGAUAAGGUUGAUGAAUAAUAAAGUGAUGUAAUCCUUU